AUGAAUUGCCACAUCAUCUCUCUGAUUAAACGAGCUGCACCAAGAAGUCUGAGAUUUUACAGUUGUGAAGUGGCGACGAGCACUGCCACAAAUCAUAGACGACGCACUGUUCCCAAUGAUGGACUUAAAAUUGACCAUUUUCUCAAGCAAAAAGUUCGAUUACCAAAGAUAUCACCAACAGUAGCAGAGACAAGCUAUCUUGAUCCUGAGGAUAUUUCUGGUCUUGUAAAAUAUGUUACUUAUGGUUGUCAGAUGAACGUAAAUGAUAUGGAAGUUGUUCGGUCGCUGUUAAAGAGUAACGACUACUUUGAAACGGACGACUUGUUAGAGGCUGACGUAGUGGUUUUGAUAACUUGUUCAAUUCGUGAAGGAGCUGAAGAUAAAGUAUGGCGAGAGCUGAAACGGAUUAAACAUGUAGCACGGCGGAAGCCAAUAGUGGGAGUACUUGGUAUCUUUUAA